AUGAUGAUGGCAAAGGAUUUGACUACCUUACAAGACUUUGGAGGUGUCCAAGGGGUAGUAGAAGCUCUCAACAGUGAUGCAGCGAAUGGAAUUCCAGGUCAUGGGGAGGACCUCAAUCAGCGACGCACUGCAAUCCUUAAACUCCAGUCGGAGGCUCAUAACAGAAACUUCAUCCACUGCCUCAGGAAAUCUUGCAACAGUAGCACCACUAUGCUCCUAAUUUUGGCCAUUCUGUCAUUGGCCUUUGGCAUUGAAGAGAGAGGACUGAAGACGGGCUGGUGUGAAGGGACUCUUACACUAGGUGCUGUCAUUCUGAUUGUGAUAGUCCACUCAGUUAUUGAAUUUCGGAAUGAAAAUUCACGACAGUUGUCAAGAAACCAGCUUUGGCAAAAUCGAGAACUGAAAGUUCAUGUCUUAAGAGGGGGAUGCCGUCAAACUAUUUGCAUCUCUGAUGUCCUCUUUGGAGACAUUGUGCUAUUAGAAAAGGGAGACCACGUUCCUGCUGAUGGUUUGCUCAUACCCACUGGAUCCUUGGAAGUGAAUGACAAAGCUGAUCCCAUCAUCAAUAAUCAGAAUCCAUUCUUGUAUUAUGGUUCCAAAGUAACUGAUGGUGCUGGCAAAAUGCUGGUGACCUCCGUUAAUGCCGAGACAAAGUUGGGCAAUAUGUUGAGGAGAGCUCAACUAUCAAAAAAGACACCAGUAGAGGAGCAACUCAACAAGCUGAGCAUGCGGAAGCAAAUAAUUGGUGUUGCCAUCACAAUAAUCAUCACUGUGGUGUUGUUUUUGCGGUUCAAUCUCAAGAAGGAACAAGAGAAUUCAGGCCUGCCAGACUUCUCAGGGAAGCCACAUCCUCUGAAGCAAUUGAUUGAAGCUGUGAAGAGAGUUGCUCAAAGACCAAGAGGGAUGUUAAACGUGUUGACUUCAUUUACUUUGGUACUAGUUGGAACUGCUGAAGGACUACCAUUAGCAAUUACCAUUGCCAUCACUUGCUGGAACAAGAGGAUGCUAGGUGACAAGACCUUUGCUCCAGAACCAUCCAUUACUCUCACCAUGGCUUCUGUCACCAUUGUCUGCACUGACAAAACAGGGGGACUGCCAUUGGCCCCACAAGAAGUUGAAAGGUGCUGGAUUGGUAAAAAUGUUAUCAGUGAAGAUUCCAAGGUACCCAAUCAUGUUCUGGAAGCAUUUUGCGAUGGAAUUGCCAUGUUAUCUUUAUUUCCAGAGAACAGCCGAACCUCAAUGGAUAACUCAAUCCUUGCAUGGGCUGCAGAGAAAUGGGAAUUGAAAACAGAAAUCUGGAAGCAACUUCACAGUUUCAUUGACUUCAAACAGCCAACCUACAAUGAGAACAUAGUUGCAGCAUUGGUUGGAAAGGAUGGAGGUAACUGGCCAAGGUUCUUGCACUACAAGGGACCUGCAACACCAAUAUUAGACAUGUGUUCACAAUUUUAUGACAUUGAAGGGAUAACAAGGCCCAUGGAUAUAAGUGAAAGGAUGAUUUUUGGAGACAUUGUUGAGCGAAUGCUGUCAGAAGGGUUUGAACCCAUCGCAUUUGCUUGUAAGCAAGUUGAUGAAUCCAGGUCUGAUGAAGGCAAUCUAACAAUGGUGGCACUGGUGGGGCUAAAGAAGACUGGCUGGGAGAAUACAAGAGAGAUGAUAGAAGAAUGUAGAGAAGCUGGAAUUAAAGUACUAGUAGCAUCGAGUGAGGAGGUCUUGAAGCUACAGAGCAUUGCUACAGGGUUUGGAGUCACACAACCUGAUUCAGAUGCACUAGUCAUAACAGGCGAAGAAUUUCGAAAUAGCUCUGAUGAAGAGAGGAUGGAAAUUGCAGCUAGAAUUUCUGUGAUGGGGAACUCCCUCCCAUCCGAUCAGCUUCUUCUGGUGAGUUGCUUGAAAGAUCAAGGACACACAGUUGCAGUGGUUGGAAACAGAACAAAUGACAUUCCGACCUUAAAAGCUGCUGAUGUGGGACUCACGUUUGCUACAUGGAGCACUGACAUUGCAAGAAAGAGCACUGACAUCGUCAUCACAGAAGGAAAUUUCAAAUCCAUCUUGGCCAUAAUGAAGUGUGGAAGAUGCAUAUACAGCAAUAUGCAGAAGUACAUACAAUUUCAGCUGACUAUGACCUUAGCCGGGCUGUUGAUACCCUUAAUCACAAAUGCCUCUCAAGGAAGUUCGCCUAUAGCGACGAUUCAGUUCCACUGGGCAAUCUCAGUUUUGACUCUUCUAGGUGGUUUGGCUCUUUUGACGGAGCCGCCCUGUGAGAUGCUCAUGAAGAAAUUCACACCAGGACAAGAUGGACAACUCUUUACCAAGGCCAUGUGGGUGAAUAUUUUCAUGCAAACAGCUUACCAGGUGUCUCUGUUGGUAACCAUGCAGUCUAAAGGGCCUACAAUUCUUGGGCUUAGGGAGAAGGUAUUUGAGACUCUGAUGUUCAACAGCUUUUUUGUAUGCCAGGUAUUCAACAAAUUCAAUGCACGAGAGCCCGAAAAGAUGAAUAUCUUCAGAGGGGUCCAUUGCAGUAAAUGGUUUUGGGUGGGUACAGUUACCGCCUUCUUGUUGCAGUUGGCAUUUCUCGAGAUAGCACAUAUCAUUGCACAUGAUUCAAGAUUGAAAUACGCAGAAUGGGGAAUGUGUCUGUUUCUUGGGGCUAUCUCAUGGUGCAUCGACUUAGCUGGAAAGUGCAUACUCCUCGUGAUUAAAAAGUGGGUGACAAAGCCACCAGGUUCAGUUGUCAGAGACAACAGAAACCUAACCUCUGCUGUCCCAGAACCCGCUUGCAAUUUCGAGCUUCUUCUGCUCAUGCAGAAGUUGAAGGCCCUAUAUGUCCGAGUUAAAACUAUCUUCACAAGAGAUGGAAAAACUGAAUAA